ACGGUCCACCUCCCUCCCCCCCGCCCCCCCUCCCCCCCUCCCCCCCCCCUACCUUCCUUCUUUUCUUUUUCUUUUCUUUUUUUUCUUUUCCUGCUAAUCUCUUUUCGCUUCGGCUGUUGUGAUCGACGGGGGGGGAAAGCGUCUUGCGUGCGCCAAAUGCAAAAUGAUUGCCCAGGGGGUGCUGCCAUUCCCUCCUCCUCCUUCUACUCCCCUUCUCCCCUCCAGCACCACCACCCUCGUCAGGGAUUGCGCGUACGCUGCCCUCCACAGCAACAUCUCACGGACCGACCGGAUGAAUUGGGACUCGAGUAGGAGACGGAGAUGUGAGGCAGUGACCAAGGCCGAGAACCCGGGAGGGGACGAAUUGGGUACCAGCACGCGGACGGCUUAUCUGUCCGCGCGACGCAAGGAGAGGAUCAAGCUCCCCGACUUUGAGGGGCCCAUCACGUUCAGCGAUUUCCUCAACCACCCUUCCGGCGUGGAAGCCCUUCUGAAUACGCGAGCCUUGCACAGCUUUCAGCCCUUGGAUUCCCACACCUACAGGUGCACCUUGCAAAAGAUCCAGUUCCUCAAGUUUGAAGUGGCCCCCGUGCUAGACUUACGAGUGACCCCGACAAGAGAAGGCUGCACGGUCGAGAUGUUGGAUUGCAGGUUUGAGGGUUCUGAAACAGUACAGCAGCAAAAUCAUGCUUUUUCAGCAUUUAUGAGAAACCAUAUAACUUGGGAGAGAAAUGAUUCUGAGCCGUGCUUGGAUGUUGACGUGCAUUUAAAAGUUUCCCUUGAGGUCUAUACAAAACCCUUUAGCUUGCUUCCACUAUCAGCAGUGGAAAAACCUGGAAACCUGCUUAUGCAGGGUCUUCUUGACAGGCUUGUCCCCUUGCUUGUUGAGCAGCUACUCAAUGACUACCGCACAUGGGUCGGUGAGCGGUUCCAAGUUUAUUAAUGAAUUCAUCUUGUGUUUUGUUGUUUCAUCAUGUGGUUAACGUACAGAAAUUGGCCUAAAGUGGUGCAUAGAUAUUGCGCAUUUAGAGUGCAUUAAUAGAUGUUUACAAUCUCUAUUCACCAAUCCUCUGAUUUAUUACUAAUUGCUUGAUUCAGUUCCAA